UAGGUUGACACUCUUUAGUUUGCUUCGGUUAGAAUUGUCUGUGCCGUAAGAGUUUUGGUUCGGCGAGGCAACGGUGUAAUCUAAAAAAUGGCAUCGUUAUGCGGUCGUGCUGUUUUCCAGACAUGUCGACGCACAUUCUUUCGAAGUGCUACUUGUUCAAAGAUGCCGAAACAUUUUACUGAUCCCCUUGAUCAUGCAACUGGAUUGGAGAAGCGAGAAUUACUUGCUGCAGCUGCUGGCAAUUUUGACCCAUAUUAUAUGAAAGCUGUAAAAAUAUCACCAAAUAGCACAAAGGAAACACCAAACUUAGUGCCCAGUGUAUUCAAAAGUCGAAUUGUAGGAUGCAUUUGUGAACCAGAUGCAUCACAUGUAAACUGGAUGUGGUUGCAUGCAGGCAAACCUCGACGCUGUGAAUGUGGCCAUUGGUUUAAGAUUACUGAAAAAACUCCUCUUUAAUGCGAUUUCAGAUUAACUAGUGGAUUAUUUAAAACAUAGAAUUAACAUUACAUUACAUUGAA